AUGAGAAUUCAGAACACCUGGUCGUUGUUUCUAGCUAUGUUAUCUAUUGUAGUUGCUACAACCGAUUUUAUUGACUUCGAUGAUAAAAUGAUCGUUAUUCCUGACGGUAUGAUAAUAACUCGUACAGUUAAUGGUGUUAAUUAUACAAAAGAGGAUGAACAAUUUUAUUAUUCUGAUACAGACAGAUUAACUGACAUAUACGUUGAUUACUCCGGUCCAGUGGCUGCUUUUCAUAGGACCGAAACGGAAGAUAAUUAUGACUUGGUAGAGAGAGCCUUCUUGGCGCUCAACACUGCUGGAGUCUGUCAUAUUAUGCCAACGAGUGGAAAAGGAGUAGGGUCAGUCAAUCAGAAGUCUACCAGCAGCGCUCUAUCUAGGAGACGCUAUACCGACAGUGAUUUCGUGUCGAAUCUACUGCUUAAGAACGGCAUGUUCCUAAGUUGCUAUAUGACAUCGAAACCUAAGAUGUCAUGUAUUAUUAACGAAUGCGAAAUCAACGGGGCUAGUUGCCUAGUUAACAGAUUUACUAGGAGGUGCAUGCAGCGAGGAGAUUGGCGGCCAUCCGGUUGCCAAUACUGUAGGUGUCUUUCUGCAACAUCUGAAGAGUUGAUCAUGUGA